AAGCUUGGGAACGCGCAAACUGCCAGUGUUCUCUGUCCACGCUGGCCUGUUGGCGUGUGCGAAUGUGUCAUGUGUGAAUAAAAACGUGUAAAUGUUGUGUGUGUUAAUUAUUUAAUGAAUUUUUAGUAAUUUUAGAAAAGAGAAGCGUUCUUUUAUAACAUUUAAUACAACCAUUUUAAGAAUUAUUUUUUUGUUAUUUUUGAAGAAAACUGUGAUAUAAUUGUAGAAAAUGGACGAUAAUACAGAAGCUCAAGCGCAGGCGCAUAAUCUGCUUGGGCAGAAAACUCCGAAACAACCAAAGGUUGUGGAUAACGCGUUCACUAGGACUUUGCGAUCAUGUUGUUUCAUCCCUCAACGCUACAUACUCGGAGUGAUGGGCCUUCUCGGAGUCUGCAAUGCCUACACUAUGAGGGUGUGUUUGAACUUGGCUAUCACUCAGAUGGUGAUACCGUUCCACAAGAACGAAUCAGACUCUAACAAUAAUAACACUGAACUAAUAUGCGAAAACGACCCGAUUCCUGCCAACACUACUGUCUUUAUAAGUCCAUACGCAACACAAACCUGGGACCAGGCCACUCAGGGUCUAAUCCUCAGUGGUUUCUACUACGGUUACGCCGCCACUCAAGUCCCCGGAGGCUAUCUGGCCGAGAAGUGGGGCGGCAAGUGGACCUUAGGCGUAGGUCUACUAAGCACAGCUCUGUUCACCUUCCUUACUCCGUGGGUCAUCCGUAUGGGUAAUGGAGGCUGGGGUGGGCUGUUCGCUCUUCGUGUGCUUCAAGGAAUGGGAGAGGGUCCCACGAUGCCAGCUCUCAUGAUCAUGCUGGCCCGAUGGGUGCCCCCACACGAGCGCUCGUUCCAAGGCGCCCUCGUCUUCGGUGGUGCUCAGAUCGGCAACAUCUUCGGCUCCUUCAUGUCCGGCAUCCUAUUGUCAGAUGGCCAAGAUUGGGCCAACGUGUUCUAUUUCUUUGGUGGCUUUGGUCUGCUAUGGUUUGUUUUGUGGAGUUUAUUCUGCUACAGCACACCGAACACGCAUCCCUUUAUCUCAAAGAAGGAGCUCAGCUAUCUGAACGCCAACGUGACAACGGCCGACCACAAGGCCGCCAAGGACCCGGUGCCAUGGAAGGCUAUACUGAGAUCGUGGCCCGUGUGGGCGUUAGUUUGUGCCGCAGUUGGCCACGACUGGGGCUACUACACUAUGGUCUCAGACUUACCAAAGUACUCUCACGACGUCCUCAAAUACAACAUCGCGACCACCGGUUUGCUGACCGCUCUGCCCUAUGCCGCUAUGUGGAUAAGCUCCUUUAUCUUCGGAUUUGUGUGCGACCUGUGCAUUAAAAAGGGUUGCCAUACGAUCAAAACUGGAAGGAUCAUCCAUACAACUAUAGCUGCAACGGGCCCCGCGAUAUGCAUCGUUCUUGCGUCGUACGCAGGAUGUAACCGGGAUCUCGCCAUGGCCUACUUUGUCCUCUCCAUGGCUUUGAUGGGAGGAUUCUACAGCGGAAUGAAGGUGAACGCGCUAGAUUUGGCGCCGAACUAUGCCGGCACGCUAACGUCUCUGGUUAACACCACGUCUACCUUCGCCGGGAUCGCCACUCCCUUCCUUAUCGGACUGUUAACCCCUAAUUCAACUCUAAGCGAGUGGCGCGUCGCCUUCUGGGUGUGCUUCGCCGUGCUGGUCGGCACCAACGUGGUGUACUGCAUCUGGGCGGACGGCAAGCAGCAGUGGUGGGACGACGUGCGGCAGUUCGGCUACCCGCCGAACUGGAACCACGGCCCGCUUGUCAGAGACACCGUGCCUGACCAGGAAGCCGUUAUGACGAAAAUGACCCGCAAGAGUGGCGACGAUGACGUUUAUUAACGAUUACUCAUUUGUGGAAACAUUGAACAUCAUUAUAAUUUACUUUAUGACAUUCGCCAAUGAGGGCUACCGUUUUUGUGCUCACCAGUUGACGCCACUGUAGAUGUAGGACCAGAAAAAGAGAUCUCAAAAUUCUUCUAUGUUUAUUUUUAUAAAAUCAAUACGUUACACGAAGGUUUUUAACGUCUAAAGUUGCCACUUUUUUUUAAACACUAACAUUUUAAUAAAUAGAAAGCUAUACAAGUAUCUAUUGUUACCCAUGAAUCAUGAUUAAUCAAAUAUUUACCACAAUUAUGAAUAAGCAGUGAAAAUUCCGGAUAAAUAAGCUUUAAACCCCCAAAACUUCUAUGCAUUUGACAUUUUGAAAGACCUCCGUCUACACUAGCGCCCCUAGCGGCGAAAUUAGACGCGGUAGGCCUCAUUAGACGAAUGGAAAUGCCCCUUACGCAGCGUACUAUGUAGGCGAACAACACGCGAACGCGAAGCGAAGCGAUGCGGCGCGGGGUGAAUCAAUCCUUUGAUACCUAUAGAAGUGUCCUACGUGGGCGAUCUCGUUGCGAACGCGAACGCCGUGGGCCCGCCGUUGAGUGGUUCGCUUACGGAAGACGCUGCGUUAUUGUUGUGGACACAAAAUGAUGACUUCAGAGUAGGUAUAUUACAUAUUUAUAAAUAGGUGUAAGGACUGUAAGGUGCGCUGGGGUAAGAUUUAAAGGGUUUUUCAUGCGGGGUAAGAUGAAAAGUCGCCCGUUAUGCUUCGGCAUACAGACGAUUUUUUGUCUUACACCUCAUGAAAAACCCUUUCAAUCUUACUCCAAUGCAUAGAUUAUAGGUAUUUGUUAAAUACUUUUUAUUCCUGAGUCUUGUUUUUUAAGAGUGUCUUUAUCUGUAUGAGGAUGUUGUCGUCUAGUAGCUGCUAUACAAAAUGUAUGUAGUAAAAUUUUAGUUUACUGUGGAAUUAAGUUACGCGCAAUAUUGCCAUAGAUAUUAUAUAAGGGCACAUAAUCAUUACCAUAAGGGCACACAGUGCCCCCAUCCUCAAGGGGCCCGUAGGACAGACAGUAACUUUGAUUACCCAUAAUAAACAGAAGAUCAGAGUAAAAAAAUGUUAGUUUUUUCGUUUUCUUUACUUUGCAAAAGGGCCCAAGCAUAGUUUAAGACGGCCUUGGAUAUUCUGUCACCUCUCCUAAGUUAUCAAGUGCCAAAUUUACUCCUCAAGAACCAACACAAUCAAUACCUAUGUAUUUUGUUUGCACUUAAGUAUUCGAUUUUCAGCGUUCCUUGUUUAUUCAGGAACUCUGAGGUAACUAACUCCUUUUUAAUAUCUACUCCAAAAGGUAGACAAUGGGUGCCAUGCACAAGAAAGGUGUUAAAAUGUAUGAAUAAUACUUAUAAUUUAGAUAACAAAAAAAAAACAAGUCCAUUCAUAAUAGUUCGCGAUCAGCAACGCAGGCUUCGUCAAGUGCUUACAAAAACAAGUCAGCUACAGGCCUCGUCAACUACUUAUUUAAAGUACUUAUUGAGUCAAAGAUUAAUCUAUUCCGUACUUUAUCUUACUAUUAUCUAUUUUACUGAUAACA